AUGGGGUUCAAAUUCACUCAUUUGUGCGAUCUACUCUCCACUCUCGAGGACAACAGAAUCUUGAAGGCGUCACAUGAGGCGCGAGCAUUCAAUCCUGAUGUGCGGGCCGUGACUCGGUGGUUUUCUCAGCAUGGGAAACAGAUACGUGGCCCCGACACUGAUCUUCUGGCCCUGUUGUCCUGCAUGUUUCCCGAGAAGAGGCCAGACAGGGUCUACUGGCUGCAAGAAACCUCGCUGGCGAGGAUAAUAGCGCGAUGCUUACUUCUCGGGUCCUCCAGACGGGCGGAGCUGGAGCGUUGGCGCGUGUCCAGCGGACUCGACCUCGGUCAAUGUGUCGAAAAUGUGAUGCGGCAAGCGGAGAACGAUCUUGACCCCGGUCGAGAGGUAACGGUCGAGGAGGUUGACUCUGCAUUGAACAGUAUUGCUGCCCGUUGCAGAUUUUCCGGUCCUCGAGUGCGAAAGCAGCACACCGCGGUUGACGUCGAGCAGGCUCUCGGCUCUCUCUUCAAGCGACUCAGGAGCAGGGAUGCAAAGUGGUUAACGCGCAUGAUACUCAAGGGGUAUUACCCUGUUGUAUUUCCUUUGCCUUUGACGUUGCGGAGCUUUCACUUCCUCCUUCAGCCUCUCCUUCUCUUCCAAGACACAUUCGAGGGUGCGCUCAGCAUGCUCCGCUCCGACCCCAUCAGCCAUUUCCCGCCACACCCGGACCCUGGAUUGGCCAGGGACCUGGCUUAUCUGGCCUUGCAACAUCUCAAUCCUAGGGUUGGGGUCAAGAUCGGUCGACCGGAGUACCACAAGGCCCGGAGCAUCAAGCACUGCUGUCGCAUGGUCAAUCGCCGUCGAAUGAGUAUUGAAAGGAAGUACGAUGGUGAAUACUGUCAAGUACAUAUUGACCUCACGUUGGGCCCUAGUUCCAUACAAAUAUUCUCUAAAAGCGGUAAAGAUUCUACUGUCGACAGAGUAGGUAUUCACCAGGUCAUCAAAGACUCCUUGAAAUUAGGAGCGCCUGGGUGCAAGGUCUCCCAAAGGUGCAUUCUUGAAGGCGAAUUACUUGUGUGGAGUGAUAAACACAACAAGAUCAUGGACUUUCAUAAGCUGCGUAAAUUUAUAUCUCGGUCCGGUACCUUCAUUGGCACUGAAAGCGAUUCCCCACCGCAACCCCAUGAACAUCUGAUGAUGGUAUUCUUCGACAUUCUGCUUCAUGAUGAUAAUAUAUGCUUAAGGCGGCCGCAUCGGGAACGACGUCUACUUCUCAAGGACAUCAUACACGUUGUCCCCGGGCGUGCAGAUAUUGCCGAGCAACAAAUAGUGGAUUUCUCGCGACAUGACGGCCAGGCCCGACUGGAGAGCAUUUUUUCCAGGGGAAUUGCACAGCGUUGGGAGGGCUUUGUACUCAAAGGAUGCGAGGACCCCUACUUUACCCUUUUCUCAGGCCAGGAGAAUAACACGUUCGGCCGCUGGAUCAAGCUCAAGAAGGAUUAUAUACCGGGGCUGGGUGAUACGGUUGACCUCGCAAUCAUUGGCGCGAGAUAUAAUCCGCAAGAUGCGACAGCCCUGCACCAAGUCAGGAAGCUGCUAUGGACGGAGUUCUACGUCGGCUGUCUCACCAACAAAGAUGCAGUUGCGCAGUUCAACGUCUCCCCUAAGUUUAAGGUUGUGGAUGUGCUUAACCGCAAUGGCAUGAGUUUGAAGAACAUGCAGAUCCUCAAUCAGUUCGGCGAGUUUUAUGCCUGCAACGCCGAAUCUGACCACGGGUUCUCACUUCAUUAUGGAACAAAUGUCGCCUCCAGAAUGGAAGUUGUGUUCAAGACUCCCUUCAUCGUUGAGAUACUCGGCAGUGGGUUUGAGAAACCAUCCAAUGCUGGAUAUUUCGCACUUCGCUUUCCGAGAAUCACCAAGAUACACUGGGACAGGGCUCUCGAGGAUGCGGCAUCAUAUGCUGAGCUGCAACAACUCGCCGAAGACGCUCGGGCUGUUCCCACGGAUGACAUGGGCGAAGAACGAAGCGAGUGGUCCAAGCGCGUGAAACUUGGAACUGGAUCAGCACAUCGUGUCUCAAAUGAACAAUCUGGAAGCAUUUCUUCCAGUCAAGGCUCUACAUUAAGGUCGGGGACCGACACCACCGCUGCCAUUCUCUCAAGCGACCCACCGGAUAUACCAUCGCCUGCUCCCAAAUCCUUAAAAAGAUCGACCACGUUGUUAACGUCGCCGAAUGUUCCGAUUUGUCCGAACAGCCGUAUCAUACCUAUAUAUGCAGAUGGAUCUGUGGAUUGGGCUCCAUCAGCUGAAAACAAACGACAGAAUCUUUUGACCAGUAAUGAGAACCUGUCGGCUCAUACCCCCCGUCAGCGAGGAUAUGCAAACCGCAACCCUGAUUCUGAACACGCAGACAAGUCAAUUCCUCGGCCUCGAGAGCCUGGUCAGGUCAGCAGCCAAGACAGUACCAAGGUUUUAAAAAUCGGACAAUGCAGCAGCAUACCUUUACCUUCACCACCGCAGAUAUCUAGCUACACCCAUGUAGCUGAUAAUCGUCCUCACAAACCAAAUCCACCUCUCGCAUCUCUACUCCUGAAUAUCCCCAUAUAUAUCACUCCAACGUGCAGCAACCACACAGCCCCCCAGCAACCCCAUCCACAGCACCACACCCAACCCCUUGCCAACUUCCUGGAUAUGCUGCUGACACACACGCCAAAGACGACAACAUCAAGUCCGCGCCUUGGACUCGUCAUCCUGACCGGCAACGAAUCCUCCCUCGGCCACCUCCUCUUCGACCUCAGCAAACGCAUCACGCGCGCCCUGCAAACCAGAAGCAUAACCCACCCUCCAGCCGGCAAAAUCUUCGUCCUAGACCGAAGCUUCCUGAAUCUCAACAUCAGCCCCGACGAUGCCAGGCUCGGCCUCCGUCACACCUGGGAGUCAAUCGGGAGACGGUACUUCUAUGCGUGCGUGAAGUGG